GAAAUGCACACGUCUCUAUAUAUCUGAUCUGUUAGAACAAAGUUCACUUCGGCUGUUCUGUCGUCGGUUUCGCUGGCAUUAGCAUAGUCCCGGAAAGUCUCCCAAAUGCUGAAUUAACACGCUACGACAUAGCAUUAGGACUCGUCGCGUUUUGCUUGUAGUUUUUUUUUUUGUCUCUACACUUCGCUCUCGGGACGGUUAGUGAGUUGGACGGGUUCGCCAUGAGCGUGGUGUCUGAGGGUGUGUUUUUGUCGGCUCUCCAGCCAAACAGCUCCACCGUGAGCACGUACGCCGUGCCGCCGGAGACUCACCUCCCGCACGGCGGCGCGUACUUGGACGAGGCAGCGCGAGCCAAGCGCGUCCAGCAGCAGGUGGCCCAGAGACUAGCCGAGAAAUCCACCCUGCCCCGGCGGAACCCCUCCACCUCCACCUCCGCCUCCGCGCACUACGCCACCUCAGAGUACGGUGGUUCUGCUACAAUGAUGAAGUACCAGACCUACAAUCCUAGCUUCAGCUCAAAGUCCUAUAUGUACUCCACCACCAGACCAGUAAUGGCCCACCGUGCACCUCAGCAUUCCACCAUUGGCUACUCGUCUCGCUCAGCCAUGGACUUUGGCACAAGAUCUCAGAUGAGUCGAGGGGCUAUUGGAGGACUGAUCCAGAACCAUGAGGACAUGGGUGUUAUGGCAGGAAUGGGUACCAUGGGGGGUGGCUACCAAGGCAGCCAGUCUCAGCAGUAUCAGAUGAGCACAAUGAUGCGCUCCAUGAACCGUGGGGUUGCUGACCCCGAGACCGCAUCAUUACACUCACUACGCCUGCAGUCCCUGCCUCAGCAGCAGGUUGCCACUUGGAUGGCACGAAAUGGCAGUGAGGGAAGCCUAGGAUCAGACCAGGAUGCCACCUACUCACGGCAGGAGGCAGGUUAUAACAUGAGCAAUGGCUACGCAGCCACGUAUUCACUCCCGUACACUGCCACAGUCAGUGAGUUCAGUUCUGGAGCCAGGCAGGCUUCAGCGACUCUGCCGAGCAUGAAACAUUCCCUUAGCGGAACCCUGCCCCGCAACGGAGGCACUGGAGUCAACAUGGAGGAGGAGGCCUAUGUACGCCAAUCUUUCAAAGGCCCCUCGCAGCGCACCAUCAGCAGGAUCACCCAGAAUCGUCAGAAUCGCUACUCUAUGUCAGCGGGGAGUAUGCAGGGAGGCAGCAGUACAGGGGGCUUUGUAAUUGGUGGAAAUGGUUCCCAGGGUAACCUGAGUAUGAUGAAGCAGGGAAGGAUAUCUCGUGCUCCCUCCGUGAGGAGUAUGAUCAGUGUGGGCAAAGGCAAGGAUGUUUUUGAUGGCAUGGAUAUGACGGGCAGCAUGGGCAAUCUGUGCGGACUGGAUGCUCUGGACAUGCAAACUGCCGUGAACUACAUUGAGUCACCUGACAAAGACCAGCAGGCACUUGGUGCUGCUUACAUCCAGCAUGAGUGCUACCACAACAAAGAGUCCAGGAAACAAGUGAACCAGCUGAAAGGCAUACUCCCACUGGUUCAAUUGUUUAACAGUGAGGCUCAGAGAGUGCAACAAUAUGCCACUGGAGCAGCCAGGAACCUCAUCUAUGAGAACAUGGAAAACAAAGUGGCUCUCAUUGAAGCUGGAGGAAUCCCUAAGCUUAUGCAAGCCCUGAAAGAACCAGAUGAUGAACUCCAAAAGAACAUCACUGGAAUUCUGUGGAAUCUUUCCUCUAAAGACAACCUGAAAGAGAAGUUGGCGAGGGAGACACUUCCAAAGCUGACUGAAGAUAUACUGAUUCCUCUCUCAGGCACUGGAGAAAGAGACAUAAUUGAGCACAAUGAUUCAGAGGCAGACAUCUUCUACAAUACUACUGGAUGCCUCAGGAACCUAAGUUCGAUAAACACAGCAACCCGUCAGCACAUGAGGGAGACUUCUGGACUAAUUGAGGCCCUGGUGGGCUACCUUCAGAAAGCAGUGGAUGACACCAGAAUAGAUGGCAAGGGAGUGGAGAAUGCUGUGUGUGUGCUGAGGAACUUGUCCUAUCAGCUGUAUGAUGAGAUUCCCCCCUCAGUCUUGAUGCGCUUGGAGGGCCCCAGUCGAAAUCAGGCCUCCUCUCGAGGAGAGCCUAUUGGCUGCUUCACUCCUCAGAGCAAGAAAGCAAAAGACAGUCAGAAUCAGGACCUGACUACGUUUACCGAGGUGGCCCGGGUGCCUAAGGGAUGUGAGUGGCUGUGGCACCCUAAGGUGGUAGCCCUGUAUCACACUAUCCUUGCGCGUUGUGAAUCAAAUACUACCACACGAGAGGCUGCUGCUGGAGCUCUGCAGAACAUUACUGCUGGAGAGAGAAGGUGGCCAUCCAUCCUGAGUCGUGUUGCCUUAGAGCAGGAGCGUAUGUUGCCUACGAUUCUGGAUAAUCUGAAGACAACCAGCGAUCUAGAACUGCGUUCUCUUACUGGCUUCCUCAGGAACCUGUCCCGUCACUCCAGGGACAAAAACAGCUUGGCCCCUAAGGUGGUGUCACACUUGCUGGCGAAAUUACCAGAUGAUGGCACUCAGAAGCUCCCUUCCCCUGAUGUGGUUAUAAACAUCUGCGGCGCACUUAACAACCUUGUAAGCUGUAGUGAGGUGGCUACACGAGACAUAGCCUACUUUGAUGGACUGCCCAAGCUGGUGGGCAUCAGGAACUCUCACGAUAACAGUCAAAGCAAACAGAAGCAAGCCAAAGCAGCAGCUACAGUCCUUUGCAACAUGUUCCAAUAUAAAAAAUUACACAAAGAUUACAGAAAGAAAGGAUUCCAGAAAGAGGAUUUUACAGAGUUGAGCUUCUAAAUAAAGACUGGAACUGUGUGGAUGUAACUGCAAGUAUGUAAAUAAGGAAUAGAAAUUAAAAAGAACAAUAAAUCAGAGCAGAAUAUAUCAGCCGUGACCUUUGGCUAGUGCAACACAGCUUGCCCUAGAAUACAAGAAGAGCACAUCUGGAAACCAACAGUACAAUUAAACAAAAUACGUUGUUCAUGAUACUGGACUUGAUUAAUGGAGGAUGCACCUUAAAUUCCUGUAGACCUCAAUUUUUUUUUAUCUUCAGGGAUUUUUGACCACUGUCUUUUGUGGCCACUCUCAGCAGUGUGCAGCAGAAUUAUUGACUGUUGUGUGUGUGUUUUCCCAAUAACAUGGGCAUUGCCCUAUCUUAUCAUAUGGUCGUCCAUGGGAUUAAUUUCUUUUUAUAUUUUUGAAAUUUAAACUACUGUGACAGGAUUUUCCCCCCUUAAAUAUCAGGACUGAUAUCUGGGGGAGAUAGUUGCGGGAUUUAACAAAAAUGUGAGCAGGAUGCUAAAUAUUUCUAGACAGUACCAUAUACAUGUUAUAACUGUUAUGCUUUUCAGAAGUUCCAUGUUGUUUUUUUAAUGGGUCUGUAUUGUUAUAUUCAGCCUAAUAAGUAAAAGGCUAUGUCUCAAUUCUCGCACUGUGCAUAAUGGUUAAAACUAUACACAAUUUACUUUACUAUCUAAUACUGCGAUUUUUGUGGAAUAGUUUGGGUAGCCUCAAAUCAAGCACUUAUGUCUAGCACUAAAUGGCUUUUUACUUGGUAUGGUAGCCAUUUAGAGAAUAAUUAAAUGACAGGUGCAAAAAAAUUUGUCAGCAUUACAUGUUCUUUUGCCAUUCUAGUACAUCAUGAGGACAUUUAUUUUACCCUGCAUCUCAUUGAAUUUCCAAGUGUGAAUGCACUGCUUGCAGUAAAGACAUUGAGAUAUAGAUACUAAGUAGGCUAAACUUAGCAAAAUGUAAGUCCUGUAACAGCACCUGGUAACAGAUGUAUUUUCCCGGUGUUGUAUAUAUAGUAAACCUACUAUAGUAAAAACUCAUAUGAAUGUAAAUUGUUUCCUAUUGUUUCCAUGCAAAGCAGCUUGUGAUGCUUGGGUCGACAUUAUGUAUGUUUUUUUUUUUAAUUAGCAGUAUAAAUAUCUAUAAAUCUAUUUACCUAAUUCUGGGCAAACUGGAAAAUUCUUGGCAAUGGUACAUUAGUUGUUAUGUUGGAUCACACAGUAAAGAUGAUAAUGCGUCAUAAUAAAUAACUGUAAAUGCUAUAGCAAGUUUGAGCAAUAGUACCGUGACUGGAACUUUUCUAGGAAAUUAUCUUUCAUUUAAAGAAUUUUUCUGUUAUAAAACAUGAAUGUUUAGGGUAUAUUGGUUGGAGUUGGUGUGUAUAUUUAGAUUGGUGCCUAUGAAGCAACUCUACACAUUUUUAUUACUUUCUUAAAUCUAUAUGUUGUAAUUUUCUUUUUUAUUUGGGGGUAUUUAGUAUUAGUAAAAUGGAUGUGUUAAAUUUUCCAAAUUCUGUAGUGAGAUUUGUCAUGGCUAUAGUGCCUGUUUUAUAAAGUUCUUCAGUAAUUGCUUUAUUCAUGCUCUGUAUGGUUUCACUUUGAAAGCACAUUGUUUUUUGUCAUAGGUUGCCUUGUUGAAAACAAAUAAAAUAUGCUCAGAUGGA